UCUUUCAUUGGUCCAUUGUUGAUGACGCUUAAUUGCUCGGCCUCAUGUUCUAGUGACAGCUGUGUGCGCGUGUGAGCAAAACGCAUCGACAGUCCAGCGAUGUCUUGCAAACGGAGAAGAGAUCAAAUAAAUGUGUUUUUAUUUGUUGUAACUGUUAACUUUUUAACGUUUCAAGUUAGUCAUUCGGUAAGUUUAGGACACCGGGGGGACGGUAUAAGUGCUUACCAAGUUCAAGACAACGAUGCCCAGCAGCAGAAAAAACAUUGGCGCCUGGUUGAACAGGUAACCAGGGUCCCAGGUCUCACAGGGCUUCAGUCUCCUGUCUUUCCCGGAGAGCCAAUCCCAAGUACCAGCGCGGCGACACCCGACGACAGCUUGUCUAAUGGUUUUCAUGGAGUCCCGGGGGAAGUUACGGGCCCACCAUUUGACUCCAGUCAACAUUUCUUUGAGUGGCUGGCUAUGAGGCCCUUGGUGCAGUGUUAUGAGAGUUUCAUGACCUUCACUGCCUCUGGAGGAGAACUCACACACCUGUUAUUGGACAGAGUGGGAGCCUCUCCCAUCGCCCUGCACCAGUUACCGUCACACUGUGGUUACUCAGUGAGGAUUUCAACGAGUGACCUUGGGAUGACGGUGCCUUAUGAUUCAUGUUACACUAUAUACGAGAAUGGCAGUUAUGUGCUGCCCAUGUUGUGGUGGGGCAGCCCACUGAAGCUCUCCUGUCCGAAGGACAUGCCCUCCCCCUCCCCCCUCCCCCCUCCCCCUCCUCCCCCUCCCCCUCUUCCUCCCCCCGUUCCUCUUCCUCCCCCUCAGUAUUCUGCUCCCCCUUUGGCAUGGGAGUGCAGAUACAGGGGCUGGAGCAGGAUAUAGAGAUGAUGGGAGCCGUAGUAAAUGGAGGUUGGGGUCCGUUUGUUUGUGAAGAGUGUGCUCAUCGUGUCCCGUCGACUCCUGGGACGCUUGCCUUCUUCAUCUCCUACGAUGCUCCUUGUCUCACUCGUGGAGUGA